GUAAAGUCGCGCACUGUCGCGAAAAUCAAUGCCAGUUCUGCGCUGACAGUUCUCGUUCUAACCUAAAAAACUAGAAAUUUUCGUAAUGUUUCCUGCCUUGGCUUCAAAAUCGUGAUUAAAUGGAUAAACCGGCGAGUCUUUACGUAAUCGAGGGCGAUUAUGGCCUGGUUUCGCUCGACGUCGGUUGCAUCGAGUCGAUUUUCUACGCCCGGCUCAAGAAACUCCCCGUUGAAAUAAAGCUGCAAAACGGCGUAAAAUCAUGUGCUUUGUACAGUGCGCCCAGUCUGCGGUGCGGCAACGUCACGGUGACCCAGUUCCCGAAAAUCCACCAGCACUGGAAGAGCCUCCACGGCGACCUGGACCACAGCCUCUCUGCCAAAGAUUCCAGCGAAACGCUCGCGCUAAUAAAUCUAGUCACGAUGAAACUAAACCCGGUUCUGGAAUUCCUCUACUGGGUGGACCAGAGAAAUAACGAGGAGUUCAUCAGUCGGUGGUUCAUGAGCGCGCUUCCUUUCCCCUUCAAUUACUCGUACACCAAGCGCAAAAAAAGCGAGGCCUUGCAGCUGAUCGAGACCUUGUACCCCCUGGACAGCGACAUGGAGGUGGUCAAGGAGUUCGUCACCAAAACGGCCACCACGUGUUUGUCAACCCUGUCCACGCGGUUGGGCAAAGCCAAGUUUUUCUACGGGGAUUGUCCCAUGACGGUGGACGUUGUGGUGUACGCACAUUUAGCCCCCCUUGUCAAAUUGCCCUUCCCUACCAAUGAUAUUCCAGCCUUGCUGUCCAUGUGGCCGAAUCUGACCGAGUUUGUUAAAAGAAUAGACGCGAAAUAUUUUCCCGAUGUUAAAAGGGAAGUCAAAUAUUUGCAAACUGAGAGCAAUAAUCGGCAAAGUGAUGAUGAUGUUUCCUAUCUUUCCGUUUUUAUCCUAGUUGUGAGUGCGACGUCGCUUGUCGUGGGGUUUGCGGUGAAAAAGGGGUUCAUCAAAUUGUCAAAUUUUUUUUAGUUGUUCUUAAGACUGAACUGGCUGCCAGUACUGUUAGUAAUUAUUGUUUUUGUAAAUGUUUUGUAAUAAAGUGAUUAGAAGAAA